CUCGCCGCAGCGUAGUCAUCCUGUACGUUCUAUGGCAGCAUAGAUUGCAGCUUUGCUGUUGAUUGUAUUUCUUGCUGUAAAUACUGCUGCUUUUCUUUUCAGUCGUGGAUUCCUUUGCCGUGCUUGUGACUUCCCGGUCCCGUAAGUGCUGACUUACAUGAAUACAUUCCGAUUUAGUUGUAGCUUUGCUGUUUCUGUCUUCCCAAAUGUUGUGUGCGUAGGCCCACAACAGGUUGUACACAACAAACAGCUGGACAUAGCAAAAUCUUGGCAGCACAUCUCAGUUCAUAGUGGACCACCCGAACAAAACUGGAAUUUGUCGUCAGUCAGCGUUCGUCAUUGCCAUUCCAGCCUACCUAAGCUAGAACCUAACAUUGAGUGAGACGUCCACGACUUGCCAGUGAUUUCUCUCAAAAACUCCAGGCUUCUUUGAAUUAUUUACCAUCUACUGAGUUCCCAAGACUUGGGUCUGAGAGGACAAGAAUCAUGAAGGCAGAGGUCACUUGUGCUGUCCACUUUUUGAUGAACUUCCUGCGUUCCAGCCGGGACAUGGAGCAACAAACCCUCCGUCUCGAGAGGUUCUCUCAAAUCCUGAUCAACCUAUUGUGCGACCACUACAGGUCCCACUGGUUCCCAGACAAGCCAUUCCGGGGCAGCGGCUACCGCUGCCUAAGAAUCAACGACAUGCUGAUGGAUCCCCUGUUGGCCAAGGCCGGUCAGUUGGUCAAUAUCGCCUUGGAGGAGAUGCAGUUGCUUCUUCCCAGCGAGCUGACAGUAUGGGUGGACCCCGGUGAGGUAUCCUACCGAAUUGGCGAGGAAGGCUCCAUCUGCGUCCUGUACGACGGGGCAACGGAAACCAUCAGCGAGACGAAGCUUAGUGCCUUGGACUUGCUAAACUGCAAGAUGCGUAUGCACAACCAGAAUACGAGUCGUCAACGUACGGCAGACUUUAACCGAAAUGAUGUGACGGUUCAGGCAUGAACCAGUAGUAAUAUCGAGAAUUUAUGGACACAACUGGAUUUUUACCAAAGUUAUGACCGCUUGAUCCUGACAACGGACUGAGAUGUAUUCCUUGCUUAUUGUUGAAUAAAAUAGAUCUAUCUAUUAAUAUUUUUUCUGACAGAAUAUAGAGGCUAAAAUUUUGCCCAAUCUGAAUUGGUUGAAGUUCUUGAAGUUUCAUUUAUAUGAUACAGUGACGGUUGUGAUGUAAUUGCAGAAUGUAAAAACACUGUACCUAUCUGUUAGCUUUACAAAAUGUGACUCCAAACAGUACGUUUUACUUGAGUUUUUCUUUUUGAUGUGCAUUAUACCGAUAAAUGGAAACAACUCCAUUUGUCCAGGGUAUUUCAGUCAUUUCUGCAUGAUACACUUCCGCUCACCAACGUGAUGAAGUGGAUCAUUCAAACCAAAGUCUUUGUUGAUCUGGAUUCUUGAAUGCAUACUGUAGAUUCAUUUUUACAUGUAUCCUGUAAACAAACCAAAUGCCCUUGACAAGACCAAGUGCAGCUGUGACAUCCCAGAUACACCAAAUAUUGCAUUCUUUACCUUUUGUAAAUUACUUCUACCUCCUAUACAAGACUGGAUGUGCUGAGGGUCUUUUCUCCAGAGAGAGCUUGUCUAGAUGGAGAGCUUCUCCAUCUAGAGAAGCUCUCUCUUGGUUUUACAUAUGGAGGAUAUGAGAUACGACGACUGCAUUGCUGUCACAAAUAUUCCGUAUGUGAACUUUGGUGCUCAUUAGCAGUUGUUGGUUUUUCAGUCACGGUUGACAGUUUGCUGAACACGCCAGUAAUUUUACGUAUAUAUGUACGCUAAAUCUAUAUGUCAACAGAUGAUCAGUGUAGGUAAUACAUGUAAUUACUUCUAACACAACAGUCAUGAAACAUUACCCCAUGUCGGUGACAUGUCCAAGCUGCUUACGUUGGCCACACAAGAAUAAUUAGAAUCAACAGUGAAGCCUGCAAGCGGUGUCAAGCAUGGGAAACAGAAUUUAAAUAGAAUUGAUUUUUAACGUUUUACUUCCGUCCUUGCCAAGUUAGUUGAAACUGACAUUUGGCCUAUUCCUGUACUGCAGUGGCAUUUAUUUCCUUUGAGUUGUACCUUUUUUUUGUAGACACGGUCAGAAGACUUUUGCAAUGGCAUCAUGAACUAAUGGCAUAUAUGAAUUAAGUUCCACGUUUCAAAGCUUUUAUUGGUGUUAAAAAGUGGAACCUUACCCCAGUGCUGUACUGUAAAAUGUAAAGCUUAUGUGUACGUACAAUUACACUCAAUUUGAUUGUAAGUCAUUUCUUGCUCGUUGCUGUUCAACGGUUACAAGUACAUGUAUAAAUGUAUAUUAAAUGCCUAAAAUUGUUGGUCUAUUUUGAUAUGGUGCUCUUUUCCCCACAUAUCUGUUACUUUGUAACUGCAAUUUCACGAGCAGCAAUUUGUAUGUUUUGUCAGAAAAACUAUGAAGAUCUAUUCUACUUGACAUUUUUGUGUUUGUAAUAAAUGUUCACUUCAGAAGCAUUGAGAA